AUGUCCGAUGCCUCCAUCACCUUCUCGGGUUGGGCCUCGAGCUCGAGCAUGUCUCGCCUCGAUGCCACUCCUAAAUCGCGCAAGAGCCUCGUCAACAUUACCAACGGCAAACAGAAGAAAAGAGAUGACCCCGACAAUUAUAAUGGCUGGCGUCACGAGAUUCUCAAUAAAGUCAACAUGGUCGAGGACACCCCGGUCCUUAAAUUCAUCGACAAGUACGUCCCCGGGGGCAAGCCUUAUCGCGCGCGGAAAACAGCGAUAGACGACCCUUUCGCGCCGCUAUGGACCGAACAUCUGUUGAGGAACGAGUUCCACAUGUACCCACAUCUCGUCAGUAUCACAACAUUGACGCUCUCUUGCAUCCUGUGGCUGAUACUUCCUCAGGUCACUGGACUGAACCAGCUCUGCAAGGGCAUGCCACGAGGUAGUCACCUACUCUUUGUCGAAGCACAUGGUGUUAUGUUUGGCUCGCCUUUUCCAGACUGGACACCCAGCCACGGGAAGAUAUCGCCUGACAUUGCCGCGCUCAAGCCCGGCGUGAAGAACGCAAAUGCGUUUAAUAACGACAACAACAAGUGGAAGCAUGUAUCCUUGAUUGUCGAGGUCAAGAACUGCAGGCAUGUCGACCCGGUGAUGAGUGAAAGUGAGGAGGCUCAGAAGACCCUGAUGCAAAUGAGCAAGGUUGCAUGCCGGCUAAUGCUAGAGCAAGCUUCUCUCUGCUGUUUUGUCCUUGGCAUCUAUGGAAAGAAGGCUCACAUCUAUCGAUACGACCACGCAUCAGCUAUUGCGUCGGAAGCAUUCGACUACCGUGAGUAUCCCGACUACAUUCGUAGGUUCCUCUGGAACUUCGCAAAUCCAGCGUCUGGGCUGGAGACACUGGGUCAAGACGACUUGUCCUCGAAGCCAACAGGGAGAGAUAUGCUCUGGGCGCGGGAUGUAUCUGGGGACAAUUGCACCCCUUCCGAUAUCGACCACAAUCGCUGGGUCACUGUACCGUCCUCGACCAGAAAUGGAAGGGACGAAGAUUAUCUCUUGCUCCGGGUACUCUCCAUGAACUACCGGAUGUUCUCUCGUGCUACCAUAGUCCGCGAAGCUCUGAAACGAGGAGAUAUGUCGGGUAAAAGGUACAUCAUCAAGGAAUCAUGGCGGCAAGUCGUGCGCUCGGAUGAAACGGUCUUCUACAAACGCAUCAAGGAGUACUGCGAGCGUACCAAGACACCCCUGUUUGGGAUUGGAGACCUUGUCUGCGGUGCUGACCUUGGGGCUCGAGAAGUAGCAGCUGGGAAAGAUCGUAAAAGCGCCCAUCCGGAGUUGGGCGAACGCAGCCACAUGCGUCUGGUUUUGGGCACUGUUGGUCGCCAGUUGAAAAACUUCCUUCGUACAUGGCAGUUUAUCUUCGCAAUCCACGACGCAAUUUUAGGACAUCAGCUGGCGUACAUGGCGGGCAUCCUGCAUCGAGAUGUCAGCCCUGGAAAUGUGAUGAUCACCGAGGAAAGCAAACGAUUCAAAGGGUUCAUCACUGAUUUCGAUUACAGCAGCUUGAUCGAUAGUUCUGCGGACGGCGGGACACCUCUGACCUCAGAUGAACUUUCUGUACUUUCCUCAAGAGAUGCAGAACUUCGUGAAAGAACAGGAACAUUUGCCUUCCUCGCUCUUGAGCUCCUGAACCUCGCACCAGGCCAAUCCGUCACUCACAGCGUGCACCAUGACAUGGAGUCCUUCUAUUGGCUUCUCAUCUGGAUCGUCCUAAGACAUACAGAGCACACACACUUCAAGGUCAAUGGUGCAUGCCAUGAGGUCUUCCGUAGCGGCGAUGAGGCAAGCGCAGCGCAUGCAAAGCAGGCCUUCAUUGUGAGCGAUCGUCCGAUAGAGGUCAAGGGUAACAAACCCCUGUCGCAUCUACUGUCGACGCUGUGGCAUCUUAUGACACAAACGGUCAAGUCCGCCAUCAACCCACGACCUGCCCGUCUCACGCACGCGGAGAUGCUGCGUGCAUUCAAAGAAGCGCUUGACAUGGAUGGAUGGCCGGAAAAUGAUACCGCUAUCCCUUUCAAGCCUCCUCAAUCCAGCCCCAAUAGCCCAAAGCAGUCGCGUCGAAAAACUACCACGAAGAGGGGAAGAGCGACUGUUUCUGGUAGUUCAGAAGAAGUACCGGUAUCGAAGAAGACCAAGACGGCGCGCAGAUUUGACAACGAAGAAAAUGACGAUAUCGAAGAUCUGUGA